AUGCCAGACGAUUUACGAAUUUACGAAUUUACGAGUCUCUUCUUUCACGCUUUAGCCGAAGAGUUACAAUGUCUCGCUGUAUGGAACGAUGGUCGUAACAAGUAUCUCGUUGGAACGUUGAAAGGAAGGAGUAUCUCGAGUUCGGAAAAAAUGUACAGAUGUUUCUUGUACGAAGAGAAAACGCAUCAUCAAGGGAAGGUGGCCUAUUUACUCGCCCAAUCGGGCGAACCAACUUGUAACGGCCUAACUACCGUUUCCGAGGGAUCGCCGACUAUAAAGCUUACCAAAGUUGACAAGGAACACAACAGAUGCAAGUAUCCUUCGUGGAUCACCGAACAUCACGACUGGCGUUCUCUCGACGGUACUAAAGUUUAUCACUUUACCAAUAAAAAUGCAACGCUCAAGGUUAAAGUACAAAACGCCGACGGGGAUACGUUUCACGAGGAAAAAAUUGUUUGCCACAAUCUAGAGAGGUUACAUCCUUCGGAAAAUACACAAGGAUACAAAGUAAAGUUAAUCGCUCAUGUCACUAGCGGAUGGCUCUUCGCUACGUCAGAGAAAAUGUCCGAAUCCUGGACGAUACGCCGUCUUGGGAUUCACCACUCCGUUCGGCGUAUCUAGCACGUCGACGUUACGCCGACGGCAACGUCGCAACGAAAGACGCCCUUCUAGAAUCGCCAAACGGAGGAGCACUUGGCACGAGGAUGCAACUCAAAAGGAAUCGUACGAGCAACAACGACAACCUCGAGAACAAUAUCAUCUCCAUCAGGUCCAUCAUCAUCAAUACGGCGGGGGAGAACAGCGUUAUCAGCAACAGGAAGACGAACAACAACGAAGGGGGGAGGAGUGCGAAAGAACCAGCGUUCGAAUAGGCUGUGCUUCGUGGGAUCAGAGUGAAAUCGUUAUUGGGAAAACGUGCGAUACCGAAGAAACGAGUAAGCACGUUUGCGAUAUUUACUUGCUUUAUGCUUUCUACCUCGAGUGGAUCUUCCGUAUAUCAUCUCCUGUUUUUGUCAUUGCCGUUGCAGCAUAUUAUUGCCACGGUAGUUGGGAAGAAAAAGACAGUUGGCACACGAUAGUGUCGCUAAAAACCAACGAAGCUUCUUCAAACUUUGGACAGACUUUUUGUUUCUCUAUGCAGUUGGAUCGUAACGCGGAAAGGAAAGACGUAACGGGAAGAACGAUGAAAACCAAAGUCUCGGAACAAGAAUUUUGGUCAACUAAAUUGGAUCGUGUCUGUCGAAGAAGUCGUCGUAUCCAAGACGAACGAUUCUACACGCUCGUCAGCGAAGGAGUUUGCGAAGACGUAGAAAAGGCGUAUUCCAGUUUAGCACCACUUCUUUCCAGACUUUCCAAGUCUGUAAUUUUAUUCGUUGCGAUCGUGGGGAAUUGCGCCGCAAUAUUUCUGUUGAGAUGAUAUGCCACCUCCACGUGAGAAACUUACGACGCUUCUAACAGGAUUUUCUUUCUCCUCUUCUCGUCCUCUUGUUUUUCUCAUGGACGUCUACGUGAGCGG